ACUUCCCAUUUCCUCAGCAGAGAUGCAGUAUCAGAGAGCAUUUUCUCUUGUUUACCUUUGGAGCAGACGGUUCUCGGUCUUCUGGUUCCCUGCAGAGCAGCCAGAGCCAGCUCAGAUGCUGCAGUAGUUUCUCUGGGAAGUCAUGUUAAUGCACAGCUUCUUUUUGUUCACUUUUGGACUAAUUUUUACUGGAAACCCUUUUUGGAUAAAAGGUGGAUUCUCUGAACACACAUCCAGACUUUCCACAUUAGAAAUAAUCAUUCCUCGAAGUCUGACAGGCAGAGAGAAACAUCCCCCAUUUUCUCAUGAGGAGCAUUCAGAUGACAAUCUUUCUUACUCAGUUAAAACCAGAAAUGGAACAUACCUCCUAAAGCUGAAGAGAAAUAAAAAACUUCUCAGUGACAACUUCAAGCUGUACACAUAUGGGGGAAAUGGGAAACUGCAGGCAACACCAUCCAAAAAUGAGACACACUGUUAUUAUCAUGGCACUGUUGAAGGAAUUGCUGACUCCACACUUGCUCUUAGCACAUGUGAUGGCCUUAGGGGAAUUCUCUACAUUGGAGGCAAAUGGUAUGGAAUGGAGCCCCUGAACACAUCCAGCACAUUUGAACAUGUGCUUUAUGGACUGGAAGAUGAGCAGGGUGUCCCCUUCCACUGUGGGGUGCUGAAUGGCAGCCUGGAGCAUGAGAUGUUCGUGAAGCCAUCUGUGAAAUACACAUUUUCAUCAAACAGUACCUCCAGCAGGGACAGGCUCCUCAGGGAGAAGCGAGCUGUGCUGCCCCAGAAGAGCUAUGUAGAGUUAUUUGUGGUUGUGGAUCACAACAGGUUUUUGCUGAAGAAUUCUGAUUCUGCUGCAGUGCAAAAGGAAACAGUGGAGCUGAUUAAUUAUGUUGAUGGGAUGUAUAGUGCAUUAAACAUCCAGAUUGUUUUGGUUGGAUUAGAGAUUUGGACAGAUGCCAACCACAUAGCUGUGAUGGAUGGUUCAGCUGGGGAUGUGCUGGGUAGAUUUGUUUCUUGGAGACAGAAAGAUCUUCUGAAGCGCUCAAGAAAUGACGUUGCUCACCUCAUAAUAGGGAGAAGCUCCUUCGGUGGAUCCAUUGGAAUGGCUUUUGUGGGCUCUGUGUGCUCACAUGUCCAGGGAGGGUCAAUCAGCACUCUGAAUCAUGACAAAAUGUUGCGGCAUGCCACAGUAGUGGCACAUGAGCUGGGGCACAAUCUGGGAAUGAAACAUGAUGACAAGAGGUGUCCUGCAAAUUAUAUCAUGCACAGCACAGAUAAUGGAUCCAGGAAUUUCAGCGCCUGCAGUGCUGAUGAUUUUGAGGCCUUUAUUCUAAGUGGAGGAGGAAACUGCCUUAGGAAUCCUCCCAAAACAAGCAAUGUGUACAAAGAACCUGUCUGUGGUAAUAAUGUGGUCGAUAAAAAUGAAGAAUGUGACUGUGGCAAACCACAGGAAUGCUCCAACCCCUGCUGUGAUGCUGCCACCUGCAAACUCACCCCUGGCUCCCAGUGUGCUCAAGGACUGUGCUGCAAAAACUGCAAGUUUAAAGUGGCAGGAGCAGAGUGCAGAGCCAAACAAGAUGUCUGUGAUCUCCCUGAGUACUGCAAUGGAAGCACUGCCUACUGCCCAGAUGAUGUUUACAUCAUGAAUGGUCACCCCUGCAGCAACAGCAAAGCUUAUUGCUACUAUGGGCUGUGCCAGAGCUUUGAUGCACAGUGUGAAUCCAUCUAUGGCAAAGGGGCACGAAAAGCACCUGAUAUAUGCUUUGAAAAAGCAAAUAUUAAAGGAGAUAGGUUUGGGAACUGUGGGAUGAAAGGUGGAGUGUACAAGAAAUGCCCUGUCCAGCACAGUCUGUGUGGGAAGCUGCAGUGCACCUCUGUCAGUCUCCAGAACCUCCCGGCCUGGAGCGUUGUCAAUAAUGCAUCUGGGGUUUUGUGCUGGUCCUCUGACUUUGACCUGGGAUCAGAUAUCCCUGAUCCUGCCCAAGUUCAUGAUGGCACAGCCUGUGGAGAGAACAAGGCCUGUUUAGGUUUUGAAUGUCUCGAUGCAAGAUUUCUGGGCUACAGCUGUGAUGUAAAGCAGAAGUGUAAUAAUAAUGGGGUGUGUAACAACAACGGGAACUGCCACUGCAAUCCGGGAUGGGCCCCUCCUUUCUGCAACCAGUCUGGCUACGGGGGCAGCAUUGACAGCGGCCCAGCUCACAGAGAUACAUCACUUCGGGAUGGGCUGCUGAUUUUCUUCCUCCUGGUGCUGCCUGUAGUCAUCCUCAUUGCAGUAGCAGUGUUUAAACGUGAUGCAAUAAGGAGAAAACUUUGCAGGAAAAGCAGAGCACAGCACAGGGAUAGCAAUGGGCAGGAACCAAAGCAAGGCAACAGAGCAAGUCAUGAAACAGGAAACAAUCAGCCUGCUGCACCCAGUCACAAUAUUUUUACCAUAUUGCAUUUUCCUGGUACAAGGCAGCCAGUCCAAACCCAGCCUCCUGCAGCUUCCUCAAGACCUCAGCGACCCCCAGUCCCACCUAGACCAAUUGUCUGAGACCUCUCUUGGGAACCCUCAGCCAAUUCUGGCAAAAAACUGGCCUGAAAAACAAAUGAAAGGAUUUCAAUGCUCCAGUGCUCUCCUUGUGCAGCCAAAUUGCCUUUGGGAAGCAGGUCCCUCCUGGCCCUGGGUGCCAAGGGGCUCUGAGCACAGACUGGGGACACCCCAGGGUUUUGCUCCUUGCUGCUGGCUGUGUUUGUGCCUCCUCUACCUCACCUUUUACAGACCCUGGAGAUCAUUGUGCACAGGAGUGAACCUGGGGGAGUGCCAGAGAACAGGACUGGCGCUGCUGCUUCCCACUCAGGCCACAGAGAAGUGAAUUCUGCUGUUCACAGACAUCAUUCAAAGAUGGGAGAUCUGCACUUUACCUCCUGGCCUCUCCUCUCCUCUCCUCUCCUCAGGGUCUGCAGAGCCAGCUUUGGGGACACUCCCUGUGCCCUGCCCUGACACCUAUGUCUUGGUUUGCAAAGCCAGGUCUCUGCUAAGGAAGGCAGGAGCCUCCCUGAAAUGGAAAAUGUAAACCCCUCCUUCUGAAUUGCUAUAAAUUUUAAAUUAAGGGGCUCUCAGGCAAAGAUAUGGGAGCAGGGAUAACAGUUCUUUACUAGGGAAGAAAAUAAAAAGAUAAAAUAAACGACACAGUAAACCAAAACAACACUGCCAGAGUCAGAACACAACCUGACAUGCAAUGGUAGCAGUUCAGUUGGAAUUGUGCUGCAGAACUCCUGGAGUGCCACCAGCCCAGAGCCCACCUCUCACACCCCACCAGCCAGGUCAGCUUGCAUUUCAGGUAAUUUAUAAAAGUAACCUCACCUGGGGACACCAGAAACUCUGUAGGCCAUGUCCUGAGUGUGAAAGGUCCCAUCCAUACCUGUUACAGAAAAUGUGGGAUAUUGGGAAUAGCUCUGCAGCUCCACAGGGUUUACUGGGGGUGGCAGCUUGGCCUUUUUCAUAGAAAUUGCUUCCACCACAAAAGCAACAGAUUAACUUUUGUCAUUCUGAAUGGGACAGUUAGAAACCAGCACUGAUUUCAAAUCUAUAUCCCCUCU